AUGGAGGAUAUUGCUAAAUCUGACGAGUACGCAGAAAAGAUUCGAAAGCUAGAAGAGAAAUGGAAGUUCCGUAAAAUUCCACUCCCAACAGAUGAUCGGUUGAUUAUGUUGCGUUUAAGAGAAAUUGGGGAACCCAUCAAAUUGUUUUCGGAGAGUUUUGAAGACCGUCGCGAGAGACUUAGAAAUUCACUUACGAAGGUUGGCUCCGACCAGGGGUUCCCACAGUGCGCCUUUCAGGUCAAAAAAGAUGAGGAAAGGAAAACUGAACUUCAUUACACCGAGGGAUGUGAAGAACUUUUGGAGGUGAGGCGGUGGAUUUUAGUCGACUCAAUACUCAGGGCAUCCAAUAGACACACCGAAUUGAAACAAAAGUAUUGUUUGGACAAUCCAAAAGAACAACUAGGGGUGGAUUUCGGACAUGUGAACAAUAAAUACAAAGAAAAGUAUCGAGUUGUCUCGUCAUUUGUAGCAGAUGAUCUUCGUGUUUUAAAAUGCGAUGCGAGGGGAAGUGAUGUUAUUACAGGAGGGGGUGACGGUCAUGUUAGACUUUUUGAUGUGGAAAACGGACAACUUAAAAAAGACUUUGCCACUCCAUCACAAAUAUAUUCGUUGCAAUACAGCCCUGAUAUUGAGUCUCCGAUUGAAGUUGUGUCUGGAGGACAAGAUGGGUGCAUUAGAAUUUUCAUGAAAAACACGGGUGAACCGUUGAUACUCAAAGCACAUGAAGACCGAGUGAACUCUCUGAAUUUUCAUCCCUCAGGAAGAUUUUUACUGAGCGCAUCACACGACUCAUUAAUCAAAAUGUGGGACUUAGAAAUUGGUGCAUGUGUGCUGACACAGACAGGUCAUGUGAAACCAGUGAGAAGCGUCGUUUGGCAACAAGAUGGUGGGGUAUGUGUGAGUGGUGGAGAUGACAAGUAUAUCAGUAUGUGGGAUAUACGGAGUGGGAAACGUGUUUUGAAAUUUGAAGGACACUCAGGCAGCGUCACAUCGUUAGAUUGGCACUGUGAUGGAAUGGUUUUAGCAUCCUCAUCUGAGGACAACACUGUUAAACUAUGGGAUGUGAGAAUGAAAAAGUGUGGGUUCACAAUACCGGCACACAACAAUAUUGUGAUGGCCACAAAAUUCAAAAGUGAUGGGAAUUAUUUGUUGACAUCAUGUUUUGACCACUCUGUCAAAUUGUUUGAUGUGAGGAACUGGGAAUGGAAAGAAGUAGAAAGGUUUGAAGCCCAUUCCAAAGCAGUCACAGAUAUCGCGUGGAUCAACAAUGGUUUUGUUUCGUGUGGACUUGACAAAACACUGAAAGUUUAUUUGAAUACUGAUUGA